UAGUAACGAGUGGCGUGUGUUGUGUUUGUAUAGAAUAGUGUGUAUGUGUGUGUGAGUGUGUGCAGCAUAAAUUCCCAAUUCUCAAACUUGUGUCUGCGUGAGUUAUUUACCCUCGAAAACUUCCAAAGUGGCGUUCUUCACCGUACGAUCUCAAGCUCCAGCAAGAUUUCCGUUAUCGAAACCCUCCACCAAGCCCUUCAGUUCCGGUAGUAGUUAUUGAAUAUAGCCAGAGAAGAAGAAGAAGAAGAAGGUGGAAAAAAACGGCGUCCGACCUACCCCCAGGUCCAAGUGCACCUUCGCAGUUUUGAGCGUAGAAAAUAGCAGCAGCAACAACAACAAAAAAACACAAACAGUAGAAACAACAGCGCAGAUCUAAACGCAACGCGAAGGCAACAACUCUAACGCGCCUUCGCCCCGAUCGGAGCGAACCUGUUUGAAAGGUACUGCACAAAUCGCACCGAACCAGUUGUGUCCGCUGCAAACAACAAAACCUGCCGCCACUGGUGCAAAAGACUCUGGCUACUGCUGCUGCUGGGAGGUUCAAGAAUAAUAAUACAAACCCCUGCAUGAAAGGGCCCAAGCAAGGACAGAGGCACAGGUAGCAUAAGGAGGGGACUGUGCUGGCAGCUUCACGUACGCGCACGCUUGCGUUACCGGUUCUCCACUGCUGGGCACUACUGGGUGUGAACUGGGGGAUCGUGAAAAACUGUGGGCUCCACCGAAACAUUCGAGACCUCGCAGACCGCGAACGGUUGGUGCGCUCCAACGUUCUAGCCAAGUUGCCGCCAACCAGCCAUCCACGUCCGUAGACAGGCCGCCGGUCCGGUGCCUGUCCAGCGAAACUCGUAUGCUAAAACUCUCGCGUACAACCGGGUACGGGAAUUAAGGUGUGCGAUUACUGGCCGGACCCAACGCUCCGACCCAACCGACCCAACGUACUGGCCAGUUUCUAGAGGUUCUUGAAGCGCCUCGCUUCCUCGGUGCGGUCGGUGCAUAACUCCGCCACUCUUGACCGCCUGCGAUCGGGCUCCCAAUCGACAGUGACCAAUUAAAAGGGCAUUAACGAAACCAACUGUCUGCUUGGGUGGACACUGUGCGCGCACAGUGUCGUUUUGCGACCAGCUUUCACGGAACGGCCACAGUGCCAGAAUCCUUUACUCCACGCGGACUACAGCACUGACGGAAGUUGUGUACACGCUACAUAAUCGACGUAUCGACGGCUCUCUUCGAGUGUAUACUAAUGUGUGGCCCAAUGCCAAUCCCAACUGACCCGCUGAUACCUACGCUGACCCCCGUUUGACAGUGUGCUUGCCAAGUGAUCCUGUCGGUUAGAGGUGAAAUACAAGUGUGUUCGUGUGAUCGUGUGGAAGAUUCUUGUGCCAGAAUCGUAUGUGCUAGCUAAGAGAGAAAGAGAAAGUCAGAUAGCAAAGAGUGUGCGUGAGCGUUGAUGUGUGAUUGGCCGUUGAUGCUAAUCUCGUUGUGGUGAUUGUCUGUCGGUCGCCGUCGCCUACUACUACUUGGUGCUGCUACCGUGCGCACCAGAAACAAGCAUACUAGACCUCGUGGAAUACACUCUCCCGGAUGUUUCGAUGCGGUACUGGUGCCGUAACCGAUCGUCAUCGGUGAUUCUCCCUCCAACAUCAUCAUCAUCAUUAUCGUCAGCAACGCCAUCGUUCACCAAAACGCUGGAGUGUUUCAGCGUGUUUGCCGCCGUGCACAUCGUCACUGUCACCGCACAAGGAUUAUCAUUUUGAUACGGCGUACUGGAAUUUUAAUGGUUUACAUGAAUGGACUUGGCAAUGACCCUCUGUCUGCGAAAGAGGCAGAGGGCCCACCAGUCCAGCUAGAGCCCGUCGACCUCAGCGUUCGUUCUCCGCCGAAAGAUCUUAAAUUAGCAUCGACCCGAAUGCGCAGCGGACUCUUGAAGCGACCUCCACCGCCACUCAUCACAGCGCCACACCUGCUAGCUUUAAGGCACAAAACAAAGGAUCUAUUUUACACGCUCCACAACAACAACAACAACAACUACUACGACGAGACCGAAAAUGACAGCACGGACAGUAGUAGUGAGUCGACGAGAACGGCCAAGAUUGCAGCUGCUGCGGCCGCUGCAGCAGCCGCUACAAUUGCCGCCGCUGCGGCAGCCUCGCAUGCCCCACCAUCCGCCUUCUCGCCGACGCACGCACAUCAGCUGCUAUCGACGCUGUGCGGCAGCACCGGAAGUGCCAUCGCUUCAGGGCAAACGGAAGCGCCCAGCAACAGCAAUGGGAGCGCGGCCGACGGUGCCACGACAGCAGCACUCAUCCUAGCGGAAAACAACAAUAGCCUUAGUGUGAAUAAUAACAACUAUCCUAGUGAAAGCGACCUUGAAACGAAACCGAGUACCUUCCGCGAGACUUCCUAUCCUAUCUACAGUAACUACUGUGUUCAGCAGCGCGCAAGUCCCACGCACCACCGUGCAAAGUCGGAAAGCCAGCAGAAAAAGUCCCCGUCGGCGGGACUGGGCGCGGCACAUCACCACCAGCAUCCACCACACCAUCACCUGUUUCCGGCACAGUUUCUGCAAGCCUUUUCCGUGCAUCACCAUCACCAGCAGCAGCAGCAGCAGCACGAUGACCAGCAGACAUUGCUUGGGCCGGCCAGCAUCCACAGCCAUCGCCGAGCUCAGUCACCACUGUCGCUGAUGCUCGACCAGCAGCUGCACGACCAGCUACAUCAGCUCUCUGCCGCAUCCGCCGUACAUCCGCCGACCGUGGCCAAACUCCUGCCCGGUUUCCCAGCGCCCUUGGCUGCAUCGAUAGCGUCCAUUGCUUCAAGCCUACCCAAGAACCAUCCGCUUAGUGAGACUGCCACCGUUGCGUUCCAGCGGUUGCUUCAGCAGCAGCAACAGCAGCAUCAGCAGUCCGCCAACACGACCGCCUCUCAAUCCGUCGGUUCCGGAUUAUUUGCACGCACUCGCAACAACACUGGCACCUCGACCGGAAGCAACAGUCCGGAUCGGUAUACCGGUAAGCUAACUGACCUGCGACAGCGAACCGCAUCGAACGGCAGCUCCAAUGGUGGUGGUGUCAGCAGUGAGCAGCCCGUAUCGUCCGCCAAACGCCACGGGGACGAUAAUAAUGGGCAUAGUAGCAGCAGUAACAACACUCCUCGCCAUCAUCUACACCUAGCAGCGGCCUCAUCGGGAUUGCUUGGACUCGGGGCUGAAUUGCGCCAUCAUCACCAUCAUAACCACCACCACCAUCAAUCGUCCUCGCUGUCCUCGAUGAAAGGGCUGACGAAGAACCGGAAGAUUCAUCGCUGUGAUGCGACUGGAUGUGAUAAGGUGUACACCAAGAGCUCUCAUCUCAAGGCGCACAAACGAACGCACACUGGAGAGAAACCGUACAUCUGCACCUGGGAGGGUUGCGUUUGGAGAUUUGCCCGCUCGGAUGAGCUCACCCGCCACUACCGAAAGCACACCGGACUGAAGCCCUUCCGCUGUAAGCUCUGCACACGUUCCUUUAGCCGCUCGGAUCAUCUGUCGCUGCACAUGAAACGGCAUUAAUUUUACGACGCUCCCCCUCACCCCCCUACUACACGUGAGCUACCCACCGGCGGGGACGAAACUUCAACUUCACUGUAUCCGUCCGUGCCAGAAAUGCAAACCUACAACAGUGGUGACGAUAUUAUCGACGAAUCUCAAUAAUUGUGUACUACGGUUAAGUUAUAUUGGAUAGGGAUGUUUCGUUUAGUACUACUUGCAUUCCUCUCUUACGUUACCUUCUUUAUCUCACUAAGAAGAACAGGCGGAUGGCAACAUUUUUUUUGUUUUAUUCUAUCGCAUCUUAUUUCGUUUAACGUUUCAACCGUACAGUUGCCUUUAAGAUAUACGUGUACUAUGAAUUCUGUUUCGCAUUAAUGUCUGUCGAACGUAACACUUUUAAUUUAGCUUUUAUGUUUCACAUUAAAAUUUGUGUGCUGUCGGAUCACUUCGUCCCAAGAGCCGACUUCAUUUUGAAUGAGUUUAUCUUAAUUUCUUCUCAAUGUCUUUUACCUUUUUUUAACCGCUCCCUAACGCAAAUUAACUUUCAUCUUGUAACUCUUAGUGAGAACUUUUUUUUUUCUUGCCAGCAUGUCUCCGAUCAUGAUAACCGAAUAUUCCUAAAACCAGCACAAAAACUAGACUCAAAAUGCUCAUCACUUUUCAACGAACGUCAGUAGAAGGAAACAAAACAAAACACACACACACACCAUUCUCAAUCGAGCCAGUUAUACUUUGCUUGUAAGGCUUAAAAAACUUUUACUUUUAUUACUCGUUAAGUAGGUAGUGCUCGCUGUAGGAGUGAGCAGGAUGCGCUAGUUGUUAGUAUAGUGAAAUUGACCAACCAAUCCCCCCAUUCCAUGACAUUUGACGUAAAUACGCCAGUGAAUACUCGAUUACUAGUGUGGGUAGCCCGCCUACUCCUUUAAUACUCCCAAAUAGUAACGAACAGAGGUGACCGAUACACGAUAAGGACAGUAAAAGAAAGAGAAGGAGGGAGAGAGAGCUGCAAGUAAACAAAGCGCUCAAAAAACAACAAACAAACAAACAUGUAUUGAGAAUGCGAACCUGCGAGUCGCGAAACGUAAAGUGCAAUGACGGAAAAUCCCAAAAUAGUGCUAUAAGUAAAUGUGUUAGGCGAGAGAGAUGUUUAUUUUACAUCAAAACGUUUUUUUUUUUUGUAGCUAGAUUUGUUACUCGUUUAGCAUAGUUGUGUUUGUUUAGUUUAUUAUAGCAAUGAUUUUAUUUUACACUUUCUGUUUUCUGUUGACGUCUGCCCGUGUUUAUGUUUGCUCGUUGAAGUGUAGUACUUGCAGGCAGAGUGGUUAUCGAUUCCUUGCUUAGUGGUGCGUUUAACACACGUAGUUAACAGGUUGUGUCCCGGAUCUAAGAUUCACAGGCGAUUCAAGUGCGAAAUGAGUAGAAGUGAGGUUAGACGUUUUUAAAGUGUUCAAACGAUAUAGCAAUUAAAUUAAGGUACGCCAUCAGCAAAUUUACAAUGACAUUCAAGUUUUACUCGACGUACAGCUCGACCAGAAAGUACCAUGCGCCAGUAACUAAUUGUUUUCCAGUUAAUCAUAAUCAUAGCUUUCUUGUCCCGUUGUUCGUCCUGUUUGACAGUUUGCGUUCAUCCGAUCAGCCAUCCUCUGAUCGCUAAAGUGUUUGUUAUUCUCUUGAAUCGUUUUACAUUUCUCCUCUUACACAAAAGCGUGUAUGGAUCGGACCGAAAAUGGACAGUUUUUUUUUUGUUUUAAUUAUUAGCUCAUUGUGUUUUAAAUGCAAAUGGUGCAAAAUGUGAAAGGCGAGACAUAAAGGGGUGGCCCCUCGCACGUUCUGCCCCGUAUCGGUCAAGCCGUUUAGUGGACAGCAUAGCAAAGCCAGUAUUGUUUAACGUUUUACCUAAUGGAUAAGCUUUUUUUAUCGAUCUUAAUGUUAAUUUCAAACUCGAGUUUUGAGAAUCCUUUUUUUUUUUGUUUGUUUGUGGUAGAAAUUUCUUAACGAUUGUAACAAAAUUUUGAAGCAAUGAGGCGAAUGAAAUAGUUUUUCACCUUUGUUUGAAACAAUAAACACAUCAAUAAUGUACGAUCGCGAUAGGAAAAAAAUCCAUGCAAAGUAGCAAGUAAAACGAAAAA